AUGAAUGGCUCCUUCCUUCCUUCCAGCCGCCAAGCCGCAAGUUUCUUGGCUGCCUCCGCCGCAAACGCUCCCAUGGCGUCGCUGGGAGUGGAGACCCGCUUGAUCCCACCUCCUCUGCCAUUCAGCCGGCACCGUGCAAAAACCCACCCGCAGCUCCGUCCACGCCUCUCGCCGAGGAACCUCGGAGGAGCGCUCAAGAGCUCCGUCACUGCGCACCAGCGGACCGAGCCUGAAGGGAAAGCGCUGCCCAGCCGGAGCAGCGCGGCAAGCCCUGCGCUCGCGUGCGCCUUGCGCCGGCUCCACACCGCGGCGCCCGGUCACAGGCGGGUGGGACGCGCCCGGGCUCCUCGCCGUGCGCUCCUCGCUGACUGA